CGCCCUCAGAAUUCAGUCGCUCGUAAACUUCGUAAGCUAACGGAGUAAUUAGUUCAUUCUUUCGCUUGAUUAUAAAUAAUUAAACAUAUUUUUAAAUUGUGAUCUUGAUCAAAUCACAUUUAAUUUUCAAUAAUUAAAAAAAUUAAUUAUCAAUAAAAUUUGCGAAAAUAUAAAAAAUGGACAAAGAAGUGAAGUCGCUAAUUAAAGCGGUCAUUAUUGCCUCUAAAGGGGGUGUACCGUUGAAUGAUAUUAAUGAUGAAUUCAACCGCCAAACUGGGUACGACAUUCCCUAUUUACGUCUGGGCUAUACGUCACUCCAGGACCUAUUCAGGAAAUUCCGGUCCGUAAAGGCCGAACGAAACCAUAAGGGAGUAUUGGUCUACAAGGUGGUAGAACCUGGACGUAUGAAACAUAUAGACGAUCUUGUAAAAAAACAACGAGAUCCAGUGAUACGGCAAAAUCAUGAAAAAAAAAAGGAACGUCUUGCUCAGCGACCCUACGAGCGGCUACCAGAAAGUGUUACGAAAAUUUAUCCUGCUUCUUACAACCCUUUUUCUGAAACUGAGGAUUCAGCUUAUGAAUCAACGGAGUAUGACGAUGACAAUCGUAGUCCUGUUAGGAUUGAAGCUCCCCCUCGGGAUUUGUCCCAUAUUCACGAGCCCUUGAUGAAUGGACAGCAGCUUAUUGGCGAUGAUUUUUUUCUCCAAUUAGCCAUACGUAAUUUAAGACGACCAAUUUGGAGGAAAGGUCCAUGUUCAGCUCUCCAUUGCGGCUUAUGUAUUUCGGGAUUAACAAUCCGAGGAUUUAUGAACAUUCUUGGGGGUAUAAAGUCAUUAUCCAAUAAGAUUGUAAUAAUGAUCGGAGCUGAAGACGUUUAUAGAGGUCGUUCGUUCGAUGAACUUCGGUGGGAUUUUGAAGACAUGAUGAGUCUAUUGCAUUCGCGGUUCGCUUUUUCACGUGAUGCAAUUCGACUCUGCACCAUCCCACCGCUGGCUAAUUUGGGGGUCUACAACGACGGAAAAAGACUCCAGGCUCUUCGGGGAUUUAAUAAUCACAUUCGGUACUUCGCCUCGACCAACCACUACGGGUUAGUUGAUUUCUACACGCAUAUGACCAACGUAAACUUGGAUACCGAGUGGGACAUGUUCCAGCUGGAUGCCAGAAUGGUCUCUGGAAGCCAUCACCCCUACGUACUCUGGAAUAAAAGAGGUAGAUGUCUUGCAGUAAAUCUGUUGGCUCGGCAAGUCAAUACUGAUGAUAAUGAUUAUUAAUUAAAUAGACAAAAGUCCUAACUAUAUUUAUUAAUUGGCAUAAUUUAUUUUUUAAUUACCAUAGUCAUUAAUCAAAAAAUUCAUUUCACUUUUUUUUUUUUUUAAACAAAUUAUUAUUAACUUCUAAUUAUUUUUUUUUAAUUUAGAAAAUAAAAGUACGCUAAUUAAUAAAUAUGGUCAUUAAAAAUAUUUAAAAAAUUUUCGUAACUCAAAUUACAUAAAUAUGCAGUAUGUGAUAAAUUGCAUUCGUUAAUAUGCAAAUACGUACAAUUGUAGUAAUUAAUUUAAAUUAAUUACAAGACUGAAAAUUCAUUAAUUUUAUAAACAUUUUUUUUUUUUUAUGGAAUGUUUUUUUAUUUUUUAAACAAAAAUUUAAAAAUAUUUAUUCAAGUAUAAAAAAUAAUAUGAUAAUUAUUUAUGACUUUUAUAUAUAUAUAUAUAUAUAAAGGUCUAAUUAAUAAAAUUUUUUUUGCUUAAUAAAUUAAAAAAAUUUAUUUUUGUUUAAAAAUAAAAAAUAAAAAAUCGUAAAAAAAAAAAAUAAUAUAAUUGUGAUAUAUUUUGGUAACUAAAAUUUUGUGUACUCCACAUUAACUUAAAUUAGUAGCUCAUCUCUCAUUUUUAAAAAUUUUAUUGCUAUUUAUUUAUUUAAAUCAUUUAUGUGUAAAUCGAUCGAUCGGUUAUUUGUAUUAUCGUUUAUUUAUUUAUUUGCGGCAGCUAUCAAAUAAUUAUGCCAAAUAUAUUUUAGUACAGUGGUGAGUACACGCCAAUGAAUAAUGCGAAGGCUUGUCUUGUUUAAAAUAAAUAUAUGACUUGUUAUUGGUGCGCAACAAUAAAACUCUUAUAUAUUUAAUUUAAAUCAAUAAGCGAGUCAUUGCAUUCUUUUGUGUGAAAAAUUGUUAAAUAAAAUGUUAAAUAUUUGUGUACUAAUAAGUACGAGAGAUUAAAAAAAUAUAAACAAUGAA